AUGGAAAAAUUAACAUUACAAGCUCCAAUAUCUCAGUAUGUAGAUAUAUCUGGUUACACCCAUGCCAAUCUACAUGCCCAAGAAGAGAUAAAUGCAGAGAAGGUGACUGUGAAAGUCGUGGAGAGGGAUAAAGUUUGUAAAAAAUCCGAGAACACCGGAUAUCAUGUCAAAAGAGGAAAUUGGAUGACUAUCAAGUUGGAGUAUGAUGAUAAGGAUGUCAGCGGGGACAUUCAUUGUCUUGCACAAUUGCAGAGAACAAGUCCAGACUCACAGGAUCUUCCGGUGAACGUGGUUUGCGGUAAGCAUGUCAGUAAAUCCAAUUCUUUACCUAACCAUGUUUUGCAGACGAGGGCUGCAUCGGGUAAUUACUAUCCUGGAUCCGAUAAAACAAACAGUCCAGUUGUUGAGAUUGUUAACCCUGAACACAAAACUCUGGAAUACAAGUUUGUGUGCUUCGACACCUGUCAGACGAAUGCUGAGGUAGAGAAACUGAAAGAGAAAGAUCGUGACAUGAAUCUUGUUCUCACCCUGCUCCAUGAGUGGAACGGAGAUGGUUAUAAGAUAUUCGCCAGGAAGCAUGUCAGUUUGUGGAUCAAAGCUACGAUAAAUGAAAGGGAUUUGGGCAAAAAAAUCAGAAGAGAGGAUAAGGGUGGAAGGAAGGCAAAUAAGCGUUCUGCCAGUCCCAUUGAGGAGGAGGAUGAGACGAUGAAACGGAAAUAUCUUAAGUUCUUGCAAGAGAACAAUUACACUCAUGACGAUAUUGACAGAGUCAUGAAACCUAAAUCUAAGAAAUCCGGAGAAAAGAAGGUUCUUAAGGAUAUAAAACCCGGAGAAAAGAAGGUUUCCAAGGAUAAGAAACCCAAAAAAACUUUAGCUCCUGGUGCUGCUGGUUGCUUGAAGAAACCUUUAGCUCCGGUAACCGACUCUACCCUAGAGACCGAGGAUUCGGUGAAUACGGAUCCCAUGAAGUGUUUCGAGAAUGCGCUGGGCAACGCUGUUUUCCUGAUUAUUGAUUGAUUGAAAAUCUAAGUUAGAAAAAUGAAAUUUACAAAUUUAUUUUUGACAAGGUUCUUCAGUCGAUAAAAAUUUUAUUUCUAAAUUUAUCAUUUGAAGUUGUGAACUUAAACCAUUUAGUUGAAUAAUGAACAAAAAAAAACUUUCGAGUCUAGACGGGAAUUAAUUUUUACAUUUUUUAUGUGACACAAUUUUCGAUGCUUUGUUGAAUAAAUUAAAACAGUGCUCAAGUGUUAAAGCUUUUUUGUCCCUUUUUUAUGCUAUCCAAAAAAAAUGAGAAAAAAAUUCCCUCAAAAUAAUUCUUAGUUACUAAACUUGGACGAUUAAAAACCUGAAAUAUACAUUUCCGUGUACUGUAAUUAAAAAAUUUCCUUGGCGGAUUCCUUAAUUUAAUAUUUCCUUGUACAUUUCUCAAGAAAUGGAAUAUGUUCACACCGGUGUGAUGCAUGGAGCGGACUCCUGCGUGGAGAGGAACAUAGUCCUUGUCCCCAUCCACUACACCGGGCUUUAUUUCACUGCCGUCACUUAUGAAUGGGAAUGCUUCUAAGAAGUUCAACAUUGCUUCAUUCGGUAGAAUUGUAAGUUUUUCUGGCAAUUCGCUAAACUGAAAUAUGAACUUCAUUAGACUGCAUUUUUAAUUCAUUAAUACGCAAAUUCUAUGUAUUCCUACUUGUACUUAUAUCUUCAAAUAAAUCUAUUUUAAAAUA